AUGGAGAAAAAAUCCUCAGGAAUGGACCACAGAGUCGUGUUCGCAGCCUUGGACAAAGUGUGCGAAGACAACCUCGCUGUGCUGUGUGGGCCCUCCGACCUGCCUUAUGGCACCGUGACCCAGCGCCUGGUCACAUGCAUGAAAACCAUCCAGGAGCACAGCCGGGCCCUGAAGCCUGUGGUGGCCAGCUUCACCACCGUUUUGCUGUCGUGCCUCCUGCACAUCGUCCAUAAGGGCCGGUACAUCGCCUCCAACUACAACGGCGCCUUCUUCAGGGCCGACCACAACGCCCUGGAGAUGGAGGCCUACUGCAGCGCCCUGUGCCAGCUGCGGGCUCUGCUGCACCUGGCCCAGAGGCUGAUGAGCGACAACGAGCACCAGCAGCUGUACACGCAGCAGGACGGCGAGCUGAGCCGCAGGUUUGUGCAGGAGUACAGCUCCAUGCACAAAGCCUGCUUCUACGGACGCUGCCUGGGCUUCCAGACCAUCGUCAUCGCCAUGGUUUCAUACGGAGAGACGUACGGGAAGCAUCAGUCUGGGAUUGGCAAGGCCGCCCUCUCCCUCCUCCAGUCCGGCAAGUACGUCAUCGACCCGGAGCUGCGCGGCGCCGAGUUCGAGCGCAUCACCCAGAACCUGGACAUGCAGUUUUGGAAGUCCUUCUGGAACGUCACCGAGUCCGACAUUCUCUCAGUAGGCAGGGUCAAACGCUGUGUGUGUGCCCAGGGGAGCUGCAAGAUCUGGGCUGAUCUGAGAGCUCACCGCCUGCCCACCCCCUCCCUCUCCUCUACGCAGGGCUUCAGCCGCAUCGCCUCCAGCCCCGUGCAGGUGAACUUCACCCUGAGCGUGCCCCCGGUGCCUCUGCAGCUGCCCCUGGCCUCGGACCCCAGGCUGUCCACCACUGUGUCCCCCCCAGUGGCCCACUGGGGCCCCGGGCCCGUGCACAUGCGACUGAUCUCCCAUGAGCUCAGAGAGGGGCAGGACAGUGAGGCGAUGGCCACCCUGGCCCGUGGGGACCCUGCCCCCCCCUCCGCCUCCCGGCUGCCCUGGGUCCAGAAGAAGCCUCGGUCCCCCUGGCUCAUCGUCCACUUCCACGGAGGCGGCUUUGUGGCCCAAACGUCUCGGUCCCACGAGAAUUACCUGCGGGGAUGGUCGAAGGAGCUGGGCGUCCCCAUCCUGUCCGUGGACUACUCGCUGUCCCCUGAAGCCCCUUUUCCCAGAGCUCUGGAGGAGUGUUUCUACGCCUACUGCUGGGCCCUGAUCAACUGCCACCUGCUGGGCUCCACGGCCGAGCGGGUCUGUCUGGCCGGGGACAGCGCCGGAGGAAACCUCUGCAUUACCGUCUCCAUGAGGGCCCUGACCUCCGGGAUCCGCCCGCCAGACGGCAUCAUGGCGGCCUACCCCGCCACCCUGCUCACCACGGACGCCUCGCCCUCCCGCCUGCUCACGCUCAUCGACCCCCUGCUGCCUUUAGGUGUCCUGGCAAAGUGCCUCAACGCCUAUGCAGGGUCAGACUUCCAGACCCUGGAGCCGGUGGAGAGGAGGGGCAGCCUGAGCGCUCUGGGCCGGGACACGGCCCUGUUGCUUAGCGACCUCACCCAGGGGGCCUCCAACUGGCUCCAGUCCUUCCUGGACCCCAACCGGACCUCAGGGGGAGCCGGUUCCCCGCGGGGGAGGGCCUCCGCCAGGCCGCCUGCCCCCUCCUCCUCGCCAGACUCUGCGGACCUGCUUCAUUACCCAGAAGGCUUUGCGCCCCUGCGCUCCGAGAGCCUGGCGAUGGUCCAUCCGAUCGCCUGCCCGGUGAUCAGGAACCCGUUCGUUUCGCCCCUGCUGGCGCCCGCCAGCCUGCUGAGAGGCCUGCCGCCGGUGCACAUAGUGGCCUCUGCUCUGGACGCCCUGCUGGACGACUCGGUGAUGUUUGCUAAGAAGCUGCGCGCCAUGGAGCAGCCGGUGACCCUGACGGUGGUGGAGGACCUCCCCCACGGCUUCCUCAGCCUGUCCCAGAUCUGCAAGGAGACGCAGGCCGCCGCCGACAUCUGCGUGGCGCGAAUUAGGGAGAUCUUCGAAAGGGGAGCCGCCCACAAGCGGCCGGAGACACAGAGCUGACACUCCCAGGGAGGAGCGCCACCUUGUGGACUGGAGGAGACACGCUGCACUUUAACCGGAGCGAAGCGGCGCCCAGAGCGCUAACUAAACCGACAAACUGCGACCAACAGGAGGCCUGAUUCAGCCCC